AGUACCUUCAGCCCUGAUGUUCGAGACAGUAGAGAUGCUGGUGAGUGGCCUUCGCGGUAUGGCUCUUCAACGCAAUCUUCUUUCUCACCUGUUGGAGACUGCUGAGUAUACAAAAUCCUUCGUGUCUCAGCGAAAAAAUGAUGAAGAGAAGUUGCGUUUGAGACUGGAGCAGGCUGAAGCCAGUUCAUCUACUGCUCGAGAGGAGAACAAGGUUCUUCGAGAGGAGAACGAGGUUCUUCGAGAGGAGGUUGCUGAGGCAAAGAGCCGGGAGGAUUUAUGGAAGUUCGCCUGGCAAAAAGAAGAGCUGGAGGGUGAGUUUGCUGCGGAAAGGGAGGAACUUGAAGCGGAGUACCAGAAACAAGUUGAUGAAAUGUACUUAUUCGGCUACCGCUGCUGUAUGAAGAAACAUGGCAUCAAACGGGACGUUCCUUCAAUUCCUCCAGGUGAAUUGGAGAAGCUGCGCAGCAAACCUGCUCAAUGA